CCACAACCUCCUCCGGAUGGGAGUCCCGGCCGACCGGCUCGUCCUCGCCGGCCACUGGAUCCCGAAGGACCUCGUCGACAACAUCGAGUUCGACUGCGAGCUUCGGAAGCAGCGCGCGCGCGCGCGCCAGCCGCGCCGCAUCCUCAUCCCCGUCGGCGGCGCGGGCGCGCAAAAGACUUUCGUGAGCCAGUUCAUCCAGGCGCUCGGCUCGCACGUGGCCGAGGGCAAGGUGCAGCUCAUGCUGAACGCGGGCGACCACGAGCACAUGCGCGUCGCCUUCGCCGAGGCGCUCGCGGCCAUCGGCGUCUCGGACUACGCCGUCGUCGACAGCAUGGAGGGCGUGCACGAGUACGCGGAGCGCUUGCGGUCGGGAGUCGAGCCGACGCACGCGGUGACCCUCUUCGCCUUCAAGCAGUACUUCCCCGCCGUGGCGACAACCGACGUCCUCUCCCGCGUCGCCGACGUGCUCGCGUGCAAGCCGUCCGAGCUUGCUUUCUACCCGGUGCCCAAGCUGAUGAUCCGGCGCGUCGGGGACCAUGAGGCGUACUCGGCGCUGCGCGCGUCGGAGCUCGGCGAUGGAACGCUCGAGCUGCGCGAGGUGGAGGACGCGAUGGCGUACAUCGCACAGAUGGACGCCGGCCCAGACUUGCUCCUCACCAUGAACAAGUGCAUCGUCUCCAACAAGAAGUCCGGCUUCUAUGACGGCUGCAAGAACGCCGUCGCACUCGCGACCGAGCUCGCCGCCAGCUCGGAGAAGAGCCUGCCCUUCCUCGCCAACUGAGGUGCACUCGACGCGUCACGCGUGCGGAGGGGGGCGCGGGGGCGCGGAGAGCAGAGGGCCCUCUGGGCGCCACGGCCAGCCGCGGGCAGCGGAGGGCCGUGGCGAGCUCGGGGGGUCUCGCGGGCGCUCUUCAUGUCUCCACACAUGCACAUGGCCCACAUGCACAUGCAGUCGCAGCAACGCGCCGUUGAGCGGUUGUCAAGACAAGCGAAAAAUAGCCAUAUACAAGGAGUCUG